GCGACUGGGCUGCCUCAUCUUUGUUGACCACAGUUUCUCAUCGCCAGCUUUCUUCUAGCAAUCGUGAUUCCGAUCAUCAGAGGCCCUUUAUUCCUCUGCUGCUGUCCGGUUAAAGGUUCAAAUCCAAACAUGAAGGGUGAUUUCUUUGUUAACUUUCUAUUGAUUACAUUGGGUAGGAUUGACAGAGGGAAAGAUGGCUAAUGAUGAAGUUGUUUAUAUGUUGGUGGAGGAGGUGAACGAGUUAACUACUAUCCUAAUCAAAAUACUGAAUAUCAAGGUACUGCAAGCCAAGUUAUUUAUCGAAAAAGUUGGCGAGGUCAUCAGAGUAUUGGAAAUGGAAGGACCCCCAACUUUGCCGGACCAAUUAGUAGAAGAUAUUGCACCUCUUGCACUGCCUGUAGGAGAUUUUGCUCGGAGAACUAAGCUACUAAUUACUUCACCGUUAUAUGAUGAGUAUAGGAAGAAUAUUCGUCACGGCUGGGAACGAAUGCUGUCAAGAGAAGUGCCAGAAUUAGUAGAACAGAUUGGUUUAAAUGAGAAUAAGCUGGAAAAAUUUCUUGAUGAAUCUGACUUCUACAACUCCUGGGAAGAUUUGUGUCACAAUUCAGCCUUACUACCUUGUCGUGAGGCGGUGAGGGAUCUGCUUCAGUCUUGUCGAGAACUCAAAGAAGCCAUGAACUUUUUCAGUGAAGUGGGGACUGAAUCAGCUUUUCUCUGCCAACAUCUAAAGUUCUUGCUGAGCUUCGCUGAGCUGUGCGGGCGUUCCAAUGAAUGGCGUUGUCGCCAAUUUGUGAGAGGCAUCAUGGAUGUUGCCGACAAAGCUCUUGAGGCGCUGGAAUGUGCAGAUAAAUAUGGUCUUAGAUUAGAGAUGCGGGAAUUUGAAUCAAAUGUAUAUGCUUCAGCCGAGCUUGUAAAGGAAAAUUGUGUCGAGAAGACGGCCAAGGAAUUUUUUGAUGGGAAGCGAUUGGUUUUGUUGGAGACUUUACGAAUGCUUCAUUCCUUCACGGAAGAGAUCGAUACGACUCUUGGCAGGGAAGAUCCUCAAUCGCAUAACGCUUCCUUUGGAAGAACUGGUUUUCCUUCACUGUCCAUGAUUCACGACAAAUUUGCUAGGGGAGAUCUUCCUUCACUGCCUCUCACAUAUUAUCUGCGUGCUUUUCCUUUAGUUGAAGGAAGAAAAAGAAGAAGAGUUAAAUAGUUUUCUAAAGAAUGCAAUGCAUUGCAGAACAUGAUCAGCUGCACAACUUUGUACUGUCCAAGAGAUUAAUCUUCCCUGAUUUUCAUAUGUUGAAGCCUUGCAGGGCAUUUAAUUUACCAGCACAUACUCAUGUAGAGACUCGUACACGUUAAAAGGAAUGCAUAUGUUUACUUUAUUAUGCAUUUUCCAGGAAUAAGAAAGCGGUGUGCGUUUAGAAUAGGCACAAAA